GUCUUAGAUUUGUAUAAAAUGAAGCAAGACAGCUCAUUUACUCACAUUUGGUCAGCUGACUGGUUUAAGUUGCAGAGAUUGAACAAUGAAGUCUGUGGCUGCUCUACUUGUUUUUGUCAGUUUGGCUAUCGUUGUUACUGAAGGGCAGCCUGGGUUUGGACUCCAAAGAUGUUUAUGUCGAGGUGCUGGUGCCAAAAUGGUGAGGCCAAAGCUGAUAGAGAAGGUGGAAAUUCACCCUGUUAGUCCAUCUUGUGGACAUCUGGAAGUUGUUGUCACGCUGAAGAAUGGUGCAGGGCGAAGAUGCUUAAACCCAGAGUCAUUGUUUACCAAGAAUAUCAUUGAGAGGAUUGAAAAUAAGACCAAGAGUGCUCAAAAAAAUGUGUGAAGUGGUUCAACUGUGUUUUCAAGUGUGAAGGUUGUGGCCAGUAUGGACUCUGUUAUUAAAAAGCUUGAUUGAUUAUUUUAUGUAUUUAUUACAAGAGAUUAUUUUAUAAAUUAUAUUGUCACAUUGUUUUAUGAGAAUUUUAAUUUAUUAUUAUUAUUUAAAAAAAAAAACAAGUUGUUAUAUGUUCUUCUGUUUGUAUAUGUUGUUUAUUGUCAGAGGGAAGUUUCAAAUAAAAUCUUGUGAAGGUUUUGUCUGA